AUUGUUAUGAAAUAUUUAUGCGACGCAUACGAAUGCAAAGCAGAAGUCGAACUGUCGACGUCCUCGACGAGAAAAAGAAAGGUGUUGUGCAUUCGGUUCUACCGUUGAAGUUUCCCAGAUAAAACAUGUCGGAUUCAGUUUCUUCCCUUUCUGUUGUACUAAAGGCUUAUGGUGGCUUUGACAAAAUUCAAGUACAAAGCCUUCCCUACAAAACAGUUCCUGACGACAACCAGGUACUAAUAAAUGUCAAGGCAUGUGGUCUGAAUUUUGCGGAUAUUUACACCAGACAAGGCCUUGUACGAAAUGAACCUGGGCCACCUUUUACUAUGGGGUUAGAAUGCUCUGGACUUGUAGUUAGAGUGGGAUCCAAAGUUGAAAACCUGAAGGAAGGAGAUAGAGUCAUGGUACAUACUGGGACACCUGGCCUUCAAACUGAAUUUGUGUGUGUAGAAGCUUCAGAUUGCACUGUCAUCCCAGAGUCUAUGUCUUUUAAUGAAGCUGCAGCUUUUCCAAUUAAUUAUUUGACGGCGUACUUCUGCUUAUUUGAUAUUGGAAAUUUGCGUAGCUCCCAAACAGUGUUGAUUCCUUCGGCAGCAGGUGGUGUUGGCUGGGCAGCGACUCAGCUAGCAAAAAGUGUCCCAGAUGUUCGAGUGAUUGGAUUGGCAUCCCCCGGCAAGCAUGAAACCAUCCGUGGAAACGGCGUUGACGUAACUAUAGAUUCACUGGACCCUUGUUGGGACGAGGCAGUGAAAAUCGCCUGUCCCGAGGGAGUAGACAUUGCAUUAGAUUUCACAUCAGGCGAUAACUUUAAACGUACUCAAAAUCUAGUCAAGGACUUGGGACGAGCUAUUCUAAUAGGAGCCAACGAUAUGAUUUCGGGGGAAACUCUUAGUCUGUGGCGAAUAUUUUGCAGUUGGUGGUACUCUUCGAUGGUAAAGCCAAUCGAUCUGGUUCUAAAUAGCCGAGUUGUUGCCGGGUUUCAUUUGACUCACGUAAAAACUCGACUUCCUGAACGCUAUCGUGAUGCCUUAAUUCACCUUUUUGAAUUGUAUCGACAAAAUGUGAUCCGACCAAGAAUUGAUUCUACGUGGACCUUCCAUCAAGUCAUUGAAGCUACCAAAAGGCUUUCCGAACGUGAAAACAUCGGAAAAGUUAUUUUGACACCUUAGUUUUCUGGAACUUAACUUUUUCAGUUGAUUCUUUAUUUCUCAACGACUUUUCUCGACGAUUUCUUAUUUGAUUCUCAGCUUACGCUACAUUUGCCUACCGUAAUAAUCACAAUUUAAAUCGUAGUAAUAAUCAUGUGCUGAUCUUUUUUCACCGAUUUUUUCAACUAUAUUUUCUAAUACAAGUUACUGAGAAAAAGAG